UCGCUGUGCAAACAUCCGACCCGAUACGGCGUGUUGACGCUUUCCGUGCGAUAACAAUCGGUGGCACUAUAAGAAAGCCUUUCGCCCACCGCCAAGGCCACACUCGGUGCGAAGACAGGCGGAACGAUGGCGCCCGUGCAAGUGCUGUCCGCAUUCGUGAUGCUACUCACACUCGGUAGUUCGGUGCAUUGUAAUCCAUUUUUCGGCAACAACUAUGUGCUUCCACAAGGGGCACGGCUCGCGGGUGCGGCAAACACGGUGGUACGAAAUCUGGACGCUGCCCAGACACAGGUGCGCCUUUCUUUGGGCAAUCCAACAGCGUCGGAGUUGUUGCGGGCUGGCGCUACGGCGCUGCGAGAUUACGUCGGCAAUACGACGCUUGUGAUGGGACAAAUGUUUCGUGAGGUGGCACAGGUUGCAGUGGAUCGUUCGACUGCACCGGCGGUAGUUUUCACCAGGCUUUCGUUGGCCGUCCAAGGAGUGUCCGAGUGGAAUCGAAACCUGUCCCAAUCGCUUGAUGUGUUCAAGGUGGCGUUUAACUACGAUGAUAACUCCAACACGGCUAGCUAUAUGGAGCACCUGAGAAAUUCGUUCCACAAGAACGUUCAAGAACUGUCCGACGUGUUGCAGCGCUUGGGCGAUGCGAUCCUGUUGGUUGCUGGACAACCACUAAAUACGCAGCAGUUUUUGCAAGUAGUGUCUGCGAAUGGCACCCUGCAGCAACUGCUGGACGUGGUGGAAGCGACCGUACACCUGUCGGGAGACUAUUCGUCGAGUGUGGGCAAACUGGUGGCUGCAGUGCGUGCUGCCAAUGACUUCCAAACACGAUCGUACUCCUUGCUGCGUACAAAUCAGGCUUCGAUCAACACCAACGUCGAUCGGUACAGUACCGCAUCGAAUGCAUCGUUCUAUCGCUUCCUUACCGCGGCCGAUUCGCUCUUCACCCAUCUUAAAGACACCAAUGAAAGUUUCGUCUUCCGAUGGCCACUUCUGUUCAGCCCCGCCGUUCAGGAUAAGCUGAACCUUCUUAACCAUUCGAUCGAUCAUCUAACGUGGAACCUAAUGCAGCGCACGGUAAAGGUCGCUCAGAAUCUGCAGCGUACAAGUGCGCUCUUCAAGGAGGGCAACAAUCCAUUGAACUAUCUGCGGGAAGAGACGGACCUGUUUGCCCGUGUCAUGCUGGACGUUCUGCACGGGGAAAACUACUGUGCGACUGGGUUCGUAACGACGUUUAACACGUUACCACAGCAGGUAGCCACGCUGCUGGCGGGAUGUCUGAACGAUCAGACGACGCUGGAGAAUCAAGGUGCGGGACAGCUUGUGACGCUAGCAAACAGUUUCCUCCGGCCGUACGUUACUGUUAUCUACGGGCGGCUUAAUAUCUGCUUCCAGCAACCGUUCGAUAAGAUGACGGAAUGUUUAGACAACAUCGUUGCGACCAUCGACUUUAGAGGGAAGUUCUUCCUGCUGGACCUAGCCAGUCAACUGUUUUUCGAGCAGGUCCAGGAAGAGCUACCGACCUGCAAUGACCGUGUGCUGGAGUUUGUUCGGAACUCGGGACUGCGUGAGUCUUGCCAGAUCUACAACGCUGUUGCCACGUGAUCCAUUGGAACCGAAGCAUUAACAACGAGACACUACAGUGAGAUUCAUGAUUUAUUGAAGCGUUUCAAGGCAUUACUUCGUCCAACGAUUACGGUAGCGCGUCCGCUUCUUGCUGUAGAUGCACAUCUCCUGGAUGUUGUGGUAGUUCAGGAAGUACCCAUUCUGAGCCACACACGAGUUGAAGUUGUGCUGGAUCUCACUGUCCACGAACGACUCAACCUGCUUCGCCGCAUUAUAAAUUCUUCCAUUCGCCCAAUUGUUUUCAUAUCCAUUCUACAAAAAGAAACAUAAAACUCUUAAAGAAUUCUUCUCCCCCGAA